GGCAUGAUAUAAUUUCCUGAAAUUUAUACAAACAUGUCUUUCAGAGCAUGGUCAUAAAUUUUCCAAAUCUUUUCCAGAUUACAGGUUUUGAGAGCCACUACUGAGAACACAAUCUACAGUUUGUAUUUGGUAAAUUUAAUAUUUUGAUGGGAUUUUAGUGGAUUUAUCUUGGGGGAUCACCACUCUUUGAGGGCCCCUGUUAUUAGCUUCUUGGCCUAAUUGGGCAGGAUCUCUCUCUAGCUUAGCUGACAUCCUUUGGUUAAUUUCGUAAUUCGCCACUCCUUGAUGCAGUCACUGGGCCAAAUUGCAUCUGGUCAGACCAUCUUAAGUAAAUCUUCUGUCUUUCUUUUUCCUGUUCUGCCAACAUUAAUGGAGGUUUGGGUUAAUUUCUGUAUUUUGUUUCUUGGGAAAAAUGUUUUACAAAUCCCCUUUAUAACUCUUUUCUUUUGGUUUUUUGUGGUUUUUUUUCCCCCUCAAAAUAUGGUAAAACGAGGUGAAAGGGUCGUGUAGAUGAACAAAAUUAGCCUAAUUUUACUAGGCUAUCUCCCAGGCAGCUGGAAAUGAUGCUAAGAUCUACCAAAGCGUCCCCCGUGCUUCACGUUCCAUAUUUGCGCUCGUUUACGUUGUCAAAACCUCUGAACUUGGAACAAAGGACGGACAAAAGCAAACGCAUGCACUACCUUUAACAAUAAUAGGGUGAAGCUCCAGUGAGGUCAAGGACGUGUCACCAUUGAAUAUCAACAAAGCCUAUAACUUUGCCUACCCCACUACAGCUGGGCCGCCCAUUUUUAAGCACUACUGAUAAGACAAGAGCCCAUAUUAUUUUAAGUCUGUUCUUGCCUUGUAUUGUUGGGUGGGACAGGCCCAGGAUAGGGGCAUCGUUUUUAACAUUUUUGUAUGAUUUUCGUAGUAAGAGAAAGUAGAAACAAGACAAAGACAGAGUGGUAGAGCAUCAUUUGCUUUUGCCAUAGGCUCAGAUGCCUCUUGUCUCCAUAUUUUCAGCUCUCAAAACUGAUUCUGCUGAUCGCACUUCUUAGAACUCUCUUCUUUGUUCAAGUACUCAGAUGGGAACGCUACUCUGGCCACCACCACCUCCUCCUCCGUCUGUGAUCUCGGUUUCUGGGAGACGAUCUUUGUCCACCUUUCCAUCCUGCCUUCCGGAAAACCGUUACAGUCGGGGGAAAGUUUGUAGCAAUAUUCAAAGUAGCAAGUUUGAUAGUUUCCUUGACCUGAAACCAGAAUCAGAGGCGGAGUUAUUGGAUUUUGAUCUCCGGUGGCUUGAUUCCUCAUGUAAGUCUUGCUUAGAUGUGAUUAUCAUUGGUGCUGGCCCUGCUGGGCUGCGUCUAGCUGAGCAAGUAUCACGCUAUGGAAUUCGUGUGUGCUGUAUUGACCCCUCCCCGUUGUCCAUGUGGCCCAACAACUACGGAGUGUGGGUUGAUGAGUUUGAGGGGUUGGGACUUGAAGAUUGUUUGGAUAAAACAUGGCCCAUGACUUGUGUUCAUAUAGAUGACCACAGAACCAAGUAUUUGGACCGCGCCUAUGGACGGGUUAGUAGGAAACGCUUGAAGAUGAAAUUACUUGAGAUCUGUGCUGCUUAUGGAGUCCAAUUCCAUAAGGCCAAGGUUUGGAAAGUGGAGCACCAGGAGUUUGAAUCUCUGGUUGAGUGUGACGAUGGAAGCAAGCUGAGGGCAAAUUUAGUUGUGGAUGCCAGCGGCUUUGCUAGCACUUUUAUAGAGUAUGAUAAGCCAAGGAACCAUGGCUAUCAGAUUGCUCAUGGUAUUCUAGCUGAAGUUGAUAGUCACCCAUUUGAUUUGGAUAAGAUGCUCCUCAUGGACUGGAGAGAUUCCCAUUUAGGUAACGAGCCUUAUAUACGUGCUGGUAAUUCGAGCCUCCCGACCUUUCUGUAUGCAAUGCCAUUUAACUCAAACUUGAUAUUCUUAGAAGAGACUUCCUUAGUCAGCCGGCCAAUGUUGUCGUAUAAGGAAGUUAAGAGAAGGAUGGUUGCGAGACUCAGGCAUCUGGGUAUUCGAGUGAGGAGGGUAAUUGAAGACGAGAAGUGUUUGAUCCCCAUGGGAGGCCCCCUCCCCCAGAUUCCUCAAAGUGUAAUGGCAAUUGGUGGGACCGCUGGUCUGGUCCACCCCUCUACUGGGUACAUGGUGGCUAAGACCAUGGCCCUGGCCCCAGUCCUGGCUGAAACAAUUCGGGAAUGCCUAGGCUCUUCCAGGAUGAUCAGAGGUAAGCCACUUCAUCACAGAGUCUGGAAUGGCUUGUGGCCUAGCGAGAGGAGGUGUACCAGAGAAUUCUACUCUUUUGGGAUGGAGACUCUUUUGAAGCUGGAUUUGAAUGGCACCAGGGGUUUCUUUGACGCUUUCUUUGAUUUGGAUCCUUACUACUGGCAAGGGUUUCUCUCCUCUAGGUUGUCUCCUAGAGAGCUAGCUUUGCUGAGCUUAUCCCUGUUCGGGCGAGCCUCAAAUCCAUCCAGGUUUGACAUCAUUACAAAAUGCCCUGCUCCUUUGGUUAAAAUGGUGGGUAAGUUGGCAUUCGAAACUAUUUGAUGAUGGGAUACAAUGGAAAAAAUAAUUCCAAGUUCUGUUUUUAUGAUAUUUGUGCAUGUAGUGAAAUCCAGUUGAUUGAUGCAUGUGGCUUGGGCGGAAGGCUUCUCUCUCAAUUGAAGAGCAUAUGUUUUGUUAGUUCUGUCAAGCCUUUAUUUCAAUAAUGAUAUUGGCAAUCAAUGUUUCAUAAUGAUAAUAAUAAUGAUUAUUCCAAGUUGAA